GUACCGGAAGAGCUCCUGUCUGACAGCAGCGGCUGUAGACCUGUGUGAAGACUAGCGGUGCUGCAGGUUUUAUGAACCCUCCCCCGGGACUGCUGAGCCUAGAAAGACGCUUCCCUCCUGAGGAGAAACAUUUUAAUGCGAAGGUUCUGCAUGAAGUUGCUUUGUCUCGUCUAAACGAGCGAUGGCCACUCCAAAUGACCUGCAGUUCCAGGAGUUUGAGGAAGCAGCAGAUCUCCUGUCUGCUGACCCAGGGGCCCCCACACUCAGUAUGUCUGCUUCCAACGACCCCACAACCACAGCCGGAGCUCCUGCAGCUGGGGAGGAUGUAAAACUAGACCUGUCUGAGGAUGAGGCGGCUCAGGAGGAGAGUUCAGAGCUUUUAGGAGGACAGAAAUCAGCUGGUGGCUUCUGGACUUUUGAAUACUAUCAGUCUUUAUUUAAUGUGGACACAGUGCAGGUGUUGGACAGAGUUAAGGGCUCUCUGAUGCCGCUACCAGGAAGAAACUUUGUCAAGCACUACCUGAGGAAUAACCCAGACCUGUAUGGGCCGUUUUGGAUCUGUGUGACCCUGGUGUUCUCGGUGGCCAUCAGUGGGAACUUGUCCACUUUCCUCAGUUCGCUCGGCGACCCCAGUUAUCACUACAGGCCGCAGUUCCACAGGGUUACCAUAGCUGCGGUGGUGAUCUUCCUGUACGCCUGGCUGGUGCCGAUCGGUCUGUGGGCAUUCUUGACCUGGAGACAGGGCGCCGAGCGGCAGGUCGGAGGUUACUCCUUCCUGGAGACGGUGUGCGUCUAUGGAUACUCGCUCUUCAUCUACAUCCCGACAUCAAUCCUGUGGAUCAUAUCAUACGAGUGGCUGCGGUGGACGCUUAUCGUUGUUGCCAUGGUGAUCUCUGGCUCCGUCCUGGUCCUCACCUUCUGGCCCGUUGUCCGGGACGACACCAGAGUAACAGCAGUGGCCACAGUGGUGACCAUCGUGGUGUUACACACUCUGCUGGCCAUCGGCUGUAAGCUGUACUUCUUUCAAACUGCAGAGCACACACCACCCGCCGCCACUAAAGCCCCACCCAUCCAUCCAACACCGGGCGGAGCCUAUUAGGAGCGCAGGACAUUAGAUCCAUUCCUGACUGGGAAAGGUUUGGAAGGGUGAAAUGAAGUUGACAUGUGAAGUUAAAAAGCAGCUUUUCCUACUGUGAUUUAUCAUGAAGUGAUGCAUGGAGAGGGUCCAACAUGGCCGCCGUUCCCCUCUGAUGAAAACAGAGCAACUUAAACUCUCAGUAAGUGGAGAUCUGCUUUUAAAACUCCCAGGUUCUGGAAUCAGGAGUCCUUCAGUUCUUUCCUGCAUUAUAACCUGUUCAACCCACACACUGGAGGUGAAUCCACCUUUCAUUCCUCUUCGUCCUGCUUAGUGAAGCUUGAACAUGCCUGAUGAAGAAGUCAUAGCCGACUGAAUGGAUUCCAAGCCACAUGUUUUUUCUGAAUGUGUUUUAAUAACUUGGAACAGAAACGUAGUGAUGCUGGUGGACCGCCUCCGUCUCCUCUGCUCAGCUCUCACUGUCAGGACUCUAGUUUAAAAAAAAAAAAAGUUAAUUCUAAAGUAUGUAGCAGGUUUACAGCUAUUUAUUUUCCUUUGUGAAAUACUGAGACCUACGUUUUGUUAAUAAAUUAAGAAUGAAUACUCUGUGUCUCUCUUGAUGUGUUUCAUUUCUGGUCCUUCCUCUGUAAAAUUCCUAAAUAUUCCAUGUGAAGAAGUCGGAGUCGCCACACA